AUGCCGCGGCUGGGGGCGCCUUCUUGCAGCUGGAGAGCCGGCCUUGGGGCCGCUCUCAAAACUUCCAUUUUUGUUAUCUUUUUGGCCCAUGGCUCUCACGCCGUGGCCCGCAGCUUUUUGGGGGCAGCCCAGGGGGCCAUGGAGCCCCCAGGGGCCAGUGCUGCGCAGCUGCAUGCGGAGACUGCUGCUGCUGCUGCUGCUGCUGCUGCUGCUGCUGCGCCUGCUGCUGCUGCUGUUGCUGACAAGCUGAACACGACCUCUUUGGAGGAAGACGAGGCCACGGCCUUUGCCGAGCUGCAGCAGCGGGUGGCUUCGGGGGCUGUUUCUGCUGCGCAGCUGGAGGGAGAAGUGAAGACAGCUUUUUCGGGAUUUUUGCAAAAAGAAGAAAAUAAAAUUAAAGAACUCCAAAAGGCAGUAUUAGCUGCUGAGGGUGGGGAGGGUGCUGCAGCGCUGCUGCAGACGGGCUCUGCGGCCGCGUCCAGCGCCAGCAGCGCGCAGCAGCAGCAGCAGCAGCAACAGCAGCAGCAGCAGCAGCAGCAGCAGCAGCACGAGUCUGACGAGCCCGAAGAAGAUGAAGCAACCCCCCCAAGUGCAGAAGACGCUAAGGCCUUCUGGGAUGACACAAAGAAAGCAGCAAAUAGCCAUUUAGAGGACUUAAAGGCGAAGUUGGCGGAGUGGAAAGAAAGGGGGCAGUCUGCAGUGCAGCAGCUAAAAAUGGGGGUAAAAGGUGCAUUUGGUAAUUUCAAAAAGAAGGCCAAAAAAACAGCAAGUAACUUGGGGAAGAGGCUGGGAAGUGCUUGGAGAAGUCUUUCAAAGACUGAUGAUGAAGUUCGAGAUGACCUCUUCGGGGAUGGCAUGCAUGACCCCGAGGAAGCAGCAGCAGCAGCAGCAGCAGGAGCAGCAGAAGAAAGCGGCGAGCUGAAGCUUGAGGACGCCCUGGAGCCGCAGCAGCGGGAGCAGCAGCAGCAGCAGCAAGACGGCAGCGAGCAGCAGCAGCGCGGGCAGCAGACAGAGGGUCCGCAGCAGCAAGGGCCGCCUAGAGAACUCAAACUAGAAGAUGCGCUGUAG